AUGCCAAUCCCAUUCCUGCCACCAGAGAUUACGGACCGCAUAAUAGACCACCUAUGGGACGAUCCAGCUGUGCUAUACAGUUGUUCUCUGGUCGCACGUUCCUGGGCUGCCAGCAGCCGUUAUCACCUUUUCUCAACACUGCGCAUUGUAUCGCGCCGCCCAUUUGAUGGUCUGGUAAAGCUCGCUCGGCGCCGGGCACCACACAUAGUUCCACUGUUCCACCUGGUGCAUGAGCUGCAGGUCUACGAUGUAACCGCCAAGAAAAAACCGUAUGCACGCAUUGUUCCUCAUGUAUUCGCAGCGCACAUGCCAAACCUUCGAACUUUGCGAUUCUACCAGGCCGACUGGCGCCAAGUCACACCAAUGCAGGCGACUUUCCCCAUGUUCCUGGCCCAAUUCACCUCCGUAACGCAGCUGGAAUUGGAUGGAUGCAUAUGUGCAAACUUGAAGGACUUUCAGCGCGUCAUAUGUGCCUUCCCCAUGCUCGAGCAUUUGUUCGUGCGGGGCGACGACCCGUUCACAUUGCCACCGAAUCCACAGCAUAACCUUGCAGCCCUGACUCCCCCGCCACGUAGCGUACAAAGGCCACGUCUUGUUUCUCUGGGCCUGUGGUUUAGGACCCACUGGCAUAAAGAGCAUACGCUAGUGUGGGAAUGGCUACUCGACACGCCAUCGAAGGACACCCUGCAUUCUGUCUGCGUGUAUGCUCCCGGAACAGAGUGGCAUCCGCCGUACGGCCAGAUGCUCCAGGCCGUGGGGCCAUCUCUCCUGCGCCUGGAUACGCCCUUGCUGUUGGAUGGGGAGCACUGCACACUGUCCUCCAACACCAACCUCCGCGAACUGGUCAUUAAUAUGGCGAACAGCCAGUCGUGGCCUGUGGCGUGGUCCGCGUUCACGCGCCUGGCCUCGCAGAUCACGUCGCACCAUCUCCGUAGGCUAACGUUUAACCUCUACGUCUGUGGAGAGCAGGACGAACCCGGCAUGCGUGGCGAAGCAGAUACAAAGAGACUCGAUGAAUUGUGGGACAACGUGGACUGGAAUGAACUCAACAGAGUGAUCAUGGGAGAUAUCUUCUCUGGUUUGGAGGAAGUAUGUGUUCGUCUGCAAUGGGCUCUCUGGGAUGGGGCUUUCCAAAAGACCGCUGCGUUCCGAGACUUCAAGCUUGAGAUUGAAAACCGCAUCCGGCGGUUGCACUGGCAUGAUCGUGGCAUCCUCAGCAUAACGCAUGGGCCACCGAUCAAUGAGGUGUAUGAUUUUGACUUUAAGCAAUACAAAAACAGAGGCAAGUCCACCUUCCACCAAUUUCGUUGA